AUGGCUCUAGAUACAGCAGAUGAAGCGGCAAACAGCCUCUACUUAUACACACCGAGUCAUGUCCUACCAGCCAUUUUCGCAGCUCUAGUCGGCACAUCUCUAUUAAUCCACAUCUACCAAAAUUAUCGCUACCGGUUCUGGCGUAUCACCUUCUUCAUAUGCUGGGGCGGAGCCCUCUUUACCACCGGAUGGAUUCUCCGCUGCAUCUCAAGCUACCAUCCGGCAAAUCUAAACCUCUACAUCGCAUCAACAGUCUUCAUCUACGUCGGCCCACCAGUCUACUCCGCCGCCGCCUACAACCUCGUCGGCCGAUUAAUGAACUACCUCCCAAUGCACGCAGUCUUAAACCCCAACCGCGUCCUCAUCUUCUUCAUCUACGUUGGCGCUUCUGUCGAAGCAGUUACAGCGGCCGGUGCAGCGAAGAACGCAUCAGCCGGUUCCGACCUAGAUAAAUACAAGUCUGGCGGGACCCUGAUCGCAGCAGGACUUGUCCUCCAAGCUGUGGUCGAAUGCUGCGUGAUCGCGGUCGUCGCCAUGGUUCACGCUCGCUGUUCACGGGCUAGCAUGCUCGCACCGAAUGUGCGUAUGAUCUGCAUCACACUCUACGGCACAUCGACUCUCGUCUUGCUGCGGUGUAUAUUCCGUGCUGUUGAAUCUUUUGAGAUGUUUGGUGAUCUGGGGUGCCGAGAAAACUGUGGCCCGAUUCUGAGCAAUGAGUGGUAUCUCUAUGCGUUUGAGUUGGGUCCUAUGCUUCUGUUUACUUGGUGGUUGAACGUGAUGCAUCCGGGUCGGAAUCUGCCACGUCAAAAGAAUCGCUAUUUGUGUCCUGAUGGCCGGACGGAGCGGAUGGGUCCUGGUUGGAUUGAUCGUCGCUCUCAGUGGGAGACUUUUGCCGAUCCGUUGGAUUUAAAGGGUGUAAUUAAGGGUGAGCCUUCGCAUGAGAAGUAUUGGUUGCGGCAGGAUGAAUGGCCUGUCUGCAAGGAUGGUAGCUUUGCUGUGGGGACUGCCACUAAUACCAGGGCUGCAUAUGAUGAGGAGAAGGAGCUUGCUCCAAUGAGUUCUGAGGUUUGA